AUGGAAUGCACAACGGAGAAUCCAGCAGACAUACUCAUAUCUGCGCUAAAGGAACGCAAUAUCUCAGUGAAACGAAGCGAAAUCGAGUCCGCUUUUAAUGACGAGGCUAGUAGCGCCGAAAAUGCCCAAUGGGUAUCGGAGCAUCUCAGCUAUGACACUUUGUUGACAAAGGAGGAGCUCGCUCUUUAUUCGCAAUUAGAAUCUUCCGGUACUUUACAACAUAUCCUCCACGAUCCAGGCCUCGCUUCGACCCGACCGCUCCUUGAUGAAGAUAUCCAAAAUGCGAUCGGAUCCCUGAAAGCCUCAACGGAGGCCAUCCAGAAGCAAACAGAGAUCUUAAACACCCAAUGCGAGACGUUGAACAAGCAACUGCGCCUCGACGACAACUGCGCCAUCGGGCAAAACAGGGAUAUGGAACGGCUUCGUAAAAAGCACGAGUCGGGCAGGCAAGAUGUCAAUGCAGCGUCCAAUGAUCUUGUCCACGAGCUGGAAGCCAACCUGAGGGCCGAGACGGAAAAAGCCAGACUGGACGGGAAAAAGAUACUGUCCUCGCUGACGUCUAGAUUGAAGGAAGAUGAUAGAAUCCUGGCAGGGUUGGAAAGACUCGCAUCCGGUAUCAAAUCUACUGGGAAUGAUGCCUCUGUUGCCAAACGUACUGAGCAACUGGUGGCGGUGCUCGCAGAGUACGUGGCGGAAGAGAUCCAUUACCGUCUUGAUCGCUUGUAUUUGGAAAGCAGCCAGGCCGAUCAGGUAGGAUCCAAGCAGGCAGCAGGAGAGCAUGACGAGGAAGCGCUGGCUGCGUUGAGAGAGGAGCUGGAGUCACUCUACCCGGAAGUUGAUGUCCUGGCCGAAAUGUCCACGAAACAACAGUUCAGCGAGCCGGUCUUGCGUGAACUCCAGAAUCGCCACGGACAAUUGCGCAAUGCCUCCCAGGGCAAGCUCGAAUGUGUUUUGGAUACAAUCAUGGAGAUGACAUAUUCGACGAAGAGCCUAACCCAACGCUUACGGGACCGCGAAUCAUACUGUCAGACUCUGGAGAGCGUCAUAAACACUUACCGGUCCGAAGUGGGUGAUCCGUUCUCGGAAAAGACGAUAUCCAGACGGGAGACAAUGCUGAGGAGGCGUUCCAUGCAGCCGCAGUCACUUUUCAGUUCUCCCGGAAAGCAAACUGCCCCACUCCCGGAAUCACAGGCUCUCGCAAGCCUCCUGCGGCGUGUGGGCCUCUCAUCCGAAUCAGUCUUCAAAUCGGAGGAAGAGAUUGGAGGCGCAAAUGCACUGCAUGAGAAGAAAUCGCACAUGUUGGAGUACUUCCGGACGUUGGGCAUUGGUGCUGAUUUGCCACUUGUGACCGAACUAAUUCCAACGGAUCGAGCAUCUCGACUACUUUCUUCCUCCCUGCAUGCAGACUCGUAUUUUGAGACAUCACUUUCAAACAUUGAACAGGAUCAAAGCCUCACGGAAUUGGAGGCUCAAUUGGGCUUCGUUCAGAAAGGAGUGGAGAACCUUAACCUGGAUGCGCUUCAUCAGCGCGGCAAGAACCAGAACAAAUUCCUUGAACGAUGGGCAUCAUAG